AUGCAGCGCCGGUCCAAGCUCGAUGCGUUCCCGAAUUGGAGCUGGUCUUCUCCCUUCCUGCCGUUCACCCUCGUCCUCACGGAAGUGCUUGCGGGGGCCGCGCGGCAGAACAGGGAGCGCUUCGAGGAGCACCAGCGGCAGGUCUUGAUUGACGUUGUCUGGCGGUCCCUGCCGCUGAUAUUUCUGUUUUUCAGCGUCAUCCUGCUGUUCGUGGUCCUCGGAGUUUGUUUCUAUAGGGGGCGUCUAGCCUUGGGAACGGGAGGAGACGUGCGACGUCGCGUUGCAGAAUUGGCUGGUCGUCAUCUUGAGCCUCACGCUCGUCCGCAUCCUGCUGCUGAGCGCGAGUGA